CGCGGCCGGAGGCGCCAUGAGCCGCACGGUGACCGGCGCGGUGCAGGCCCCGCGCCUUGGGGACGGCCGACAAAUGGCCUCCGGUCCGACCCUCUAUUGCCCCUACGACCCUCCGUACACACUGUCGAGCAAGACGGAUCAUUCAAAGUCAAAUGCCCUGGUUGGUGGUAAAGUGGUAAAGGCACCAAUGCUCAGAAGUAUGUUUAGUACCUUGGUCCAUUUCCCAAGCUAUGGUGUGUGGUUGGAAGGCAAAGAUCCAGUGCCUCCAUUUAUUGACCGAAGAUGGAGAGGGAGCGCUCAGCAGCGCCUGGCGGCUCUUCAGCAGCUUGCUGCAGCUCAAUCUUCUCUUCAGAUACCUCAGAUUGUGUAUGAAGAUCCUGAAGUUAGUGGAAGGAAUCGCUACAAGUAUUUUGCACGACCUCUCAUCAUGUCUUAUAAGCUGCUUCCACUAAACGUUACUUAUUCAACGGCAAAGACAGAGCCCUAUGUUCAUUCGGUUACAGGAGACAGCAAGGUCUUUAGUCCCAUGUUACGAACUUUGGGCACACAGACAGAUUACAGAGAUGGUGAAGCCCAGACGGAUCCCUAUUCCCCAGAAUACAUAGUUCCUAGUGGCUCAGUCCCUGAACUUCUGACACUUGCUACACUCACUUGGGGUCGGGGGCUACCAGCAGGACUAGCUGAGGUGGAGAUGAUUGAACGUGCCCGGGAAAAACGUGCUUGGGAAGCAACUCUUCCAGCCAUGGACAGUGCCUCAAAUAUCGAGAAGAGGAGGAAAAUGAUGGAGGAUAUGGAGAGGAAGGAGUGGGCCUUUAGAGAACAGGAAAUAAAAAAGUUGCAGGAGGUUCGACUGGAAGUCUUAAAGAAGAUGCUGUGGAGGAAAGAGGAGAAACAGAAUGAGCUGGUUGCCAUGCGCUUGGAUGCCCACUGGCAAAAUCGUCAGAAGGCUAAAGAAGAGAAAAUAAAGAAGAUUUGGAGUGACUGUGCAUUGAUGCUCAGGAAACUGAUAGCUAAGAGGAAGAAUGUGAUGGGGAAGCUGGAGAGACGAGAUAUCAUCAAAGAGUAUGCUGACUUUGCAUCACAACCAUACGCUCCUUUGUCUAGAAUUGGUUAUUUCCCAGACAACCACUCUGAACAUUAUGUGGUAAAAAACUUCUAUCUUAACACCUUUGCAGGACUGUGUGAACUGGAAGCAUCUCUCCCAAAUUCUGUCACCCAGGUCAAGAUUAAAGCUCCAAAACCUAAGCAAACUGUCACUAAGACUGGAUAUGUUAAAAGAUCAGCAAGGCUAGAGGUGGCACUGGCACAAGUUCACCAGGCACUACUGGAGAAGAAGGAAGUCAAGGAGCAGAAGAAGCCCCUCCUUUUACUUCAAAAAGUAGAAAAGCCUGUUCCUCGACCACCCACUCCAAUCCUGGAAAAGCCAUCAGUUGAGGAAGAGGAAAGAGAACUGGCAGUGAUCUGUCUGCAGAAGUUGCUCCGAGGCAGGGCUAUUCAGAACAUGAUGUUUGAAGGGAAGGAGAAGCAGCUGGGACUGAUCCGAGAGCUGCGCACCACUCAUGCACUCCAGGAGGAUGGGCAUCUGCUUUUGAAGGCAGAGGAGCAAAUGACAUUGGCUCUACAGCAACAGCAUGACUUACGUAUGCACAAGCUGUCAUCAGUGGAAACCCAGUUGGCCAGGGAAGAAGGAAGGGUAUUGGCAAACAUAUUUGAUUUCCUGUCCAAAGAGCUGGUGAGGCUGCAAGAAGAACGCAGGAUCCAUGCUUUUGUCAUGCUGGCUGAGAGGCAGAGGCGCAUGCGGGAGGCGGAGGAGAGCGGACGGCGUCAGGUGGAACUGAAGCAGCGUCAGGAUGAAGAUGAGGUUUUCAGACAGCUGCUUCUCUUUUCUGCUACUCUGAGUGGGAAGCAAGGAUGGUCAAAGUGCUAUAAGCCUAUAUACCCUUCAGACUAGCAGAGUGAAAACACCUAGGUUCUCUGCUCUACAACCAUUAUAAAGAAACCAAUAAUUUUAUCUUGGUUAUAUUUAUGUUACUUUGACUGGCUUGAUGGAACCUUUUUCUUCAGGAUUUGCUUGAAUGAAAGCUGAUUAAUUUACUGAAGUCAAUACUGAUGAUUAUUAUUUGGCCGUUGUUGCUCCGGGGACCAUGAGGAGACCAGAGAACUGAGGAAGCAACUGCUACUGCAUUCACCAAACUGACCUGCUGCAGCAGAACUGGAUCUGUGGAUAAAUUUUUCUUCCACCACUGGUUCUUUCCUGCUCUUGUUUCUGUUCAAUUAGUUCUUAGAAAGAAUUAUUUGAAAAUACAUUUUUACACAAGUUGUUCUUCCCAGAAAGCACCUCUGAAAACAAGUCUCGGGCUGGCCUGCCUGAAGUUAAGAAUCUGAUGGAAAUCUGUUGUUCUUGCUUCUUUAUCUGCUUCCACCACACUCCUGGCACAACAACAGGCAGAGAAACAACAUGUUGGUGUUCUGUUCCAGGUGGUGAAAGUGCACCAGAGCACUAUUGACUCCUACUUGGAAGACAUUAUCCUGAGUAGCAUGGAGGACACAGCUGAAGAGCAAGCCAGGGAAGAGAUUCAGAGAAUGGCUGUAGAAAUCAAUGACAUUGCUUAUGAAAUGGAAAGUCGGUACGUUAUUAAACAGCUGUUCACAGCAGUUUAGAACCUUCCUGCCCA